CAACACCACAACAAACACAAUGGACGCCCUGAUCCCCUUCACGACCUCGGGCUCGCUAGUCGACCUCGUGGACAAAAAGGUCCUCGUCGUGCUGCGCGAUGGAAAGAAGCUCAUCGGCGUGCUGCGUAGCUAUGACCAGUUUGCCAACUUCCUCCUCGAGGACGCCGUCGAGAGGCUACACUUCAAGUUCGAGUACUCUGACGUCGACAUUGGCGUCUUGUUGAUCCGUGGAGAGAACGUUGUCGCGCUGGGCGAGGUGGACCUCAUCGCCGAGGACAACAUCCCGCUGCGCCCCAUCCCCGCCGACGAGAUCCGCGCCAAGAUCGCCGACGCCGAGAAGAGGAGAGAACGGGAUAACAUCGUCAAGGACAAGGUCAUGGCAUCACUGGGCUUCGUGUCGGACCGGCACGAGGGCGACGCGUACUAGGCGGGCAGUGAGAGGCGACACAGAGAGGCAGUAGAGAGAUGCAUGGGGUGGGGGGAGCAGCGGCGACCAGACGGCAACGGCAGCGGCAACAGUGCAGGGGCGGCAUGGCAGGUCGACAUUGACAUGAUCGCCCGCGCACGGACCGCUUAAUUUGGUGGCGACCUGCUCCUGGCACUUGGCGACUGUCUUCCUCGUCUUCCCUCGCGAAAUCAACCUGACAUUCGCCCAUUCUCUCUCACUCUCACUCACUCAUCUCAUCACGUACACCCCAAUCAGGCAUCACUCGCACC